AUCUCAGUGUCAAUAGUUAUUCUUCAGUUCCUUCUCAAUCCCGGAGUCUCGGAUUUGACUGGUUCAUUCCGUUUGUAUCGUAAAGAUGUGCUUGCCAAACUUAUUCAUGAAAGCGUUAGUAAAGGAUACGUUUUCCAAAUGGAGAUGAUGUUCCGAGCAAGCAAAGCUGGUUACAAAAUAGGCGAGGUUCCCAUCACGUUUGUGGAUCGCUUCUUUGGCGAGUCCAAAUUAGGAAGUCAGGAGAUCAUUGGCUACGUGAAAGGACUGAUGUACCUGUUCUUCUGCGUUAAUUAG